CUCAAGUGUCGUUUUCGUCAUUUGGCUCAUUGGACGCUGCAACGUUUUUGCCAAUAAAGAUUGGCGUUAUGUUGUGAAUCUUUUGGGGAAUAUUUCAAUGGGAAGAGUGGAACAAAAAUAUAAAUAUAAAUGCAUGCAUUUAUGAAUGUUUCUUUUUUUUUUUUUUUUUUUUUUUUAAGUAUCUGCUUGAAAAUUUACAUUUCUGCGCUGACGAAGUACCGCAAGUGUAGUGGUUACAUGCUCCUGGCUUUCGUGCAGACGACGCGGGUUCGAUUCCCCCAACAAAAGCGCAGAUAUUUGGAGAGAAAAGAAAAUAAUAAUAAUGAUCUGGCGGGGGGGGAUUGCGUCAGGAAGGGCGUCAAAAGUGCCGGACGGGACAAGUGCAAAGUCGCGCACAGUCGUGAAGAGGAAGGACGGGGAAAGAUUUCGCCCACCAGUGCAAUAUUGUGCGUGAAGUGUGUGUGGACACGCUGAGAAACGAGAGACAAUCAAUCGUCGCGGCCGAUCGAUCAGCUGUUGAUCCGACAAACGAAAAGCCGGCAGCGGCGGCGGCGGCAACGAACUUGGCCAACUUUUGGGAGCGCGGAGGAAGAUGAGGGGAGGGCUCGGGUCGGGCGGCCCCCCGCCGGGCCCCUCGGCUGAACGGCAGCCAAUGGCCUCGUCCGCCGAGCUGCCACUCAGCCAAAUCCGUCCAAUACCCGCGGCGGCCUUUCUCAAGCGCGCGCCCCCACUGCGCGCUCCAACUGUUGUGCGUUCUGCCCAUCGCCGGAGGACAGAGCGAAGGGAAAAGCCGAGUUAGACGCCGGACAAAAGAACUUUGGAGCCCCUCGUGAGCAUAGUUCCAUGCGCGAGGCGGAGGGCGCGCGCAUGGAGUAGUCAUGGAAGCGCCUUUGAGCAAGAGGAACCCCGCGUUCAGAUUAGCGGAUUUGGCAGCCACUCAAGUCGUCCUUCAGCAGAACAUGACGGGCUUCCCGGGGCUGGGGGGGCAUCACCCUCUCUCCCACCCCGGGGAGCUGGCCAACGACCCCGGCGUGGCGCUCACUCCAUUCGGACCGGAGCACAUGGCGCAGAGCGGUGCGCUCAAACUGAGUCCCUCGCAGCACAUCCCGAGCCAGCACGAGGCGCAGACCGCGGCGGCUGCGGCGGCGGCGGCUGCGGCUGCGGCUGCGGCUGCGGCGGCGGGCGCAGCCUCCUUCGCUCCGGGGCAGGGCGCCGCGGCUUUCCCCGUGGCGCACCAAACCCACCCGGGCUACUCGAGCACUAGGGACCUGAUCCUCCGCAGAGAACUGUCAGCCUCCGCCAUGCACGCGCUCGGCGAUCAGUCCGCCGGCUCCCCCCACGCCCACCAGCAUCACCACCACCACCACCAGCAGCAGCAGCAGCAGCAGCAGCCCCACCCGCACCACGGCGUCUUCAUCUCCCCAACAGGUGCGUACGGCCACGCGGACGGCGGAGCCCACCCGCUCUUCUCGGGGCUCCGCGAGCAAGCGUCCCCGGGCUCGCACCCGCACCAUCAGCACCACGCCCUCAACGGCCAGAUGCGCUUGGGACUCCCGGGGGACCUCUACGGCAGGUCGGAGCACUACGGAGCCUCCGCGCUGCACGGCUACGGCGGCGCCCACGGCCCCGCGGGGGCCUUCCUGCGCUACAUGCGACAGCCCAUCAAGCAGGAGCUCAUCUGCAAGUGGCUGGAACCGGAGCUGCGGAGUCCCAAGAAGCCCUGCUCCAAGACCUACGGCACCAUGCACGAGCUGGUCAACCACGUGACGGUGGAGCACGUCGGCGGGCCCGAGCAGAGCUCCCACGUCUGCUUCUGGGAGGAGUGCCCGCGCCAGGGCAAGGCCUUCAAGGCCAAGUACAAACUCAUCAACCACAUCCGCGUGCACACGGGCGAGAAGCCCUUCCCGUGCCCCUUCCCCGGCUGCGGGAAGGUCUUCGCCCGCUCCGAGAACCUCAAGAUCCACAAGCGCACGCACACAGGUGAGAAGCCCUUCAAGUGCGAGUUUGAAGGCUGCGACCGGAAGUUCGCCAACAGCAGCGACCGGAAGAAGCACUCGCACGUGCACACGUCCGACAAGCCCUACUACUGCAAGGUGCGCGGCUGCGACAAGUCCUACACGCACCCGAGCUCCCUGCGCAAGCACAUGAAGGUGCAUUGCAAGAGCCCCCCGCCCCCGCCGCCCCACCACCACCACCGCCACAACGCCACCACCUACGCCCCCGGAAACCCGCUCGGGGAGAGCCUCACCCCGCCGCCGCCGCCGCCGAGGAACCGCUGCGGCGGCCUCUCCCCGCAGGUGAGCAACCUGAACGAGUGGUACGUGUGCCAAGGCAGCGGCGGGGGCGUCCACCAGCACCCGCAGCAGCCCCUGCACUCCCCCUCAAGUGAGGCGCCCACCUCAGAGUCCGAAGACGACCGCUCGUUUGGAGACGAACACCCCAGGACGGUGUUAUGAUUGACGCCCCCGCCGCACUGAGGGGGUGGGGGGGAGGAUAAGAACAACGACAACAACAAAAAAACAAAACAUCUUCAAUAAAAGUGGAGGCAGCUGCGUCAGCAUCCACACGUCGGCCUUUGAAAGUCCAAGAUUCGGAUUCCAUCACUCUGGAGUGCAGGGUUGGGCCAACAUUGAACAGUUUAAAAAAAAAAAAAAAAAAAAAGGUCCUGAGGGGUGCAACCCAAUUCCUGGAAACAAAAAGGAUCAAACAAAUGUUUAUUAUUGGCUUGAUUUUUAGAAUAUCCACGGCAAAAAAAAAAAAUCUUGCUGCUCCAAAACAGCCCCCUGGCCUUAGGUUUCUCACCCCUCACUUAUUGUGUAAAGGACUAUAAAACAAAACAAAACGAAAAAAAAACCAA